AUGCCAGCGGCGGCCUUCUAUGGCUGGGCAUCGCCAGACCUGUCGGAAGAAUUAACUGUAGAUUGUUUUCUUCCAACUGGCGUAUUGGUUCCCUUAGAGUGUAAAGUCAACGAAACUUUGGCUGAAAUCAAGACAAAACUAUUCGAAACAGCGCAGAAUUAUCCGUUGUUUAACCGUCUCGAAGAAGAGUCAAACUAUUGCUUUCUAUGUAUAAACGAGAAAGGUAAACGCGAGACAUUGUUUGACGAAAGUCUGAAACUCACAGACGUGAGACCAUUCCGUCCUGUGCUCAAACUUCUAGAGAAACAGGGUGACGACAAAGGAGAAAGCAAACUUAACGCGAAAAUUAAAUUCCUAAUGCGACAAACUCCCGCAGAACUUGAAGGAAAACAGAAUGAGGAAGUGAUAAACUUCAGACAGGAGUAUUUAAAAAUUUCUCUCAAUGAAUCGCGUGAGAGACGAAAGUCGAGCUGGGAAGAGCGCGCUGCGUCGACCUUUCCUUCGGAUGUUUGUAUGGAUCCUAUUCCAGACUAUGUUUCAAGGAAUCUUCGCAAUGGUAAAUGUGAUCUUAUCGUAUAUCUUCCACCGGGUGACGACUUCGAACGUCUUGAAAUACCAACUGGUAUUAACGCGUCUGAUGUCGUGUAUGUAUUCAGAAGUCGUUCUGAAGCGCGGAGAAGAAGCAUUGCAAACGACAAAGAUUAUGUGCUAAAAAUAGUUGGAAAAGACGAAUAUUUGUUGGGAAAUUAUAAUAUGGAAAAUUAUCAGGUUUGUAUUGGAUUAUUUCAUAUUUAUUACUAUAUGGUUUCAUUUUAUUGUUCGACCUUGCCUAUCAAAGUUGCACGUUUGGGCUUGAAAAGUUAGCUAUAAUAUAUUAUUAGUAGGUAUCAUAUUUCUAUUUUCCCUUGAGCUAUAUUUUGAAGGUAUGUGAUGUCGUAUAUAAUAAAUAUGAAUUUAUAUUAUUAUUAGGGAUUAUUUAAAUAUAAUAGUAUGAUGCAUGGUUUGCCACUAGUUAUUUAAUAGGCAUAAUAUCUAGGUUACGACUUGUAAUAUUUUUUGCAUCUAAUUUGCAUCAUAAAAUUUUGUUAUCGACAUUCUCAACAUAUGAUGAUAUGAUUCUCGUGCAAGUUUCCUGUCGACGUGAGCCAAAACCCUCGAUCAUUAAAACUACGUGCAAGUUAAUUUGAAACAAUACUAUAUUGUAAAAUCAUGUAAAACACCAUGGCCAGCACCCGUGGACAUUAAAGUUUACCCUAAUAUUGAUAGCUUAGGUAAACAAUGUUGACUAGUUCUCCACAGGAAUUUCGCAGUAUUGAAAUGAAUAAAUGAAAGAAGAAAUGGGAAGAGAGAAAAACAAUGUGCUAGUAGGGUGGGAAAAGUUGACAACUUGAAACAAAGCCAAAAGUGUUGAGAGAUAAAAGCCCGUUUCAUUUGCAACUCUGACAGAUCAGGAUAGAUUUGGAGAGGGAGGUUACCAUACUAUUACAUUGUCUGCUGAAUUGCACUUCUUCAAACUUUUAAAAUAGAUUCUGACACUUGGUUGAGGGUUUUCCGUUAUUUCAUUUAAUAAUAGGAAAACUGAAACGUCAUCAUUAAACAAUUGUAAAUUGUGACAAUUGUGAAUGAAGUUCCCCUUUUAAAAUGAAAUGGCAUUAUGGCAGGCUUACAUCUUCCUUGACUUUCCGAUGAUCUCAAUUUUUUGUUAUUUCUUUAUUCUGUUUCGCAGAGAUAGCCCGCUCGCAGUCACAGAGUAGAGACAUACAGAGACGUAACUAGUGUAGUAGUGUACCCACUUUUUGUGUGCGCAUGCUCGGCAAGUUACUAGAUGCAUGCAUCUAAUGGACCACUUGCGUAAUAGACUAAAUUUUGAUCUCAACAAAAAUUUCAUCACAGCUUGAAAGAGCAUCACAAGAUUAGUAAUAUUCCAAAGUUUCGUUGCGAAAUGUUGUAAAAUGCGGAAAAUAUAGCCUUGCGAAGUUUGCCGUUUUUCAGUCAUUUUAGAUUACAAACGGGAAAUUGACAGCCCAUAUUUUCCGCAUUUUACAACAUUGCGCAACGAAACUUUGGAAUAUUACUAAUUUUGUGAUGCUCUUUCAAGCUGUGAUGAAAUUUAGUCUAUUACGCAAAUGGUCAAUUGGAUGACGACCUGAUGACUCCAUAGAUGAUGACUCACUUUAAACUUGCUGAGCACGCGCAGUUGAUCAUUUUUUGCCCGGUCGCCUGAAAAAAAGUGGGUACAUGAAAACGUAAGCUUCCGCAGUACGUGUUUACAACGGUCAGUUACAUCCAUUAGUCAUAGAUAUUAUGGUUACAUCUCUGUAUGUGUCGCAGUCGAGCAGGCUAUAUCAGACGCCGUCAUUUUUAAAUAUUUCCUUUGGGAGGGGAGGGACCCCUGUUGUUUUGUCGACCACGAAACACGGAAGUAAUCGUAGCACUAGCAGCAAUUAAUCUUCCGCUCGAACUCCUCGAAGACGUUUUCGCUUCAGCAUUAUUACAUGUAAACAUGGCUCCUGCCAUGGAUUUUAUCCAAUGGAACUCCUCGGAUAUAUCAGUCAAAGUCGAAGUAAACUGUUUUCUACCAACUGGCGUUUUGGUCCCAAUCAUGUCCACCAUAAAUACGAGUUUAGCCGAGAUAAAACGUCAGCUUUUCUUCGAAGCGCGGGCAUAUCCAUUGUACAAGAAAUUAUUGGCUCCAGCGCAGUAUAACUUCAUCUGUAUCAGUAAUAAAGGCAAGCGAGAAACUAUCGAAGAUGAACGAUUAACUCUCCGAGAUGUGAGACCUUUUCGGCCAUUUUUAAAGCUGGUCGAGUGCCAAGGUGUCCGAGAGAAGGAAAUACAAGACUCGAAGAUUAAAUUCCUCAUGGGCAAAACACCGCGAGAAUUUGAUGCAACAAAUGAUGUUCAAAAAGCGUUAUUUCGCACAAAAUAUGCUAAAAUUGCAAAGAAAAUUUCCGAUGAAAGAAAGCAAAAAGAAUGGGAUGACCGGUCCAUCUGUACUUUUCCUCCGGAUUUGUACGAUUCCAAAGAGAUUCCAAAACAUAUCGCAGCCAAAUUAGUUGAUAAUACAUUCUUGGUCUCAGUUCAUAGAUUAACUGAGAAUGGCGAUUGUCAUGAUUUUCAUGCUUUCCGCGAUGGGAAACCGAGCGAUGUUCUCGCCAAAGCCUUACAGAUCAAAGCUGAGAAACUCAGACGUACUGUAGACGAAAUGAGUAAUUUUACUUUGAAAAUCAAGGGAAAGGAAUCUUAUUUGUUGGGAAAUUAUCCCCUACUACAGUACAAGGUAGUUGAAAUGUACCUUAUUUAGGGUUCGAUUCAUUUGUUUACACAUGUACACUGGUAAACAAUCAAUCAACAAACAAUUAUGUUAGCAAAAGUAACAAAUUAUACAAUGAGUAAACAAAAGGGGAAAACAAACUCAGCAAUAAGUAGCAAUUGAGGAAGUGUUAGAUCAAAGGUAUUCAAUUUCUCAGAUAGAAAAGUUUAGAAAGGUUUUAGGCUUAGGAUAAAAAAAGUUUUACCUUUUCUAAUAGCCAUGACUAAUUGACGGCCCCCCAAAAAUGCCCCCAGUCCCAGGAAACCGAGUAUUUUGAAAGCUUUACAACCUAGUUCAUUAUAAUAAGCAGCUUUCCUCUUAUUGUAGUAUAUCCGUGACUGCAUUGCAAGAGAAGUUAAACCAGAACUAUCUGUUGUUCCCAAGAGUUCAUUGAAGGUGGAAGAUUAUGCACCGAUGGUUGCAGAGGCUUCAUCACCACCUCCAAUACCACCAAAAGCUUCUCUCACUGUGUGGGAUAUUAAUUCCAGGUUCAAGUUUAAAAUCACAUCUGCAACCAAUAUUUCAAUCGAAACUGGAACUGAGGUAAGAGUAUUUGUUGUUCGCACAAUAUUUUCAUAGUUGCUGUGAAUAGAAAUCUGCAAUGAUGUGAGCUUGAUUCCUGCUGGGGUACUUGAGUACUUGUGCUUAGCACAGGUAUAAUAUGAUAUUAUAGAAGGGUUUUUUAGCUCGAGAUAGCUGAAAAUUAUCCAGUGCAAAUUUUUAAAAAAUAAUAAAUGUAUAUAUUUAAUAAAUGUACUGGUACAUAAGAUUUAAUAUUAGAAUGUUACGGUUUGUAAUCCAAGUGAGUAUAUAUACAUUUUAAGACCUGACGAGGAACGACUGCGAAAAAUGCAGCACAAGAUCCUCUGUUAGGAAUUGAACCUACGGCCCUGCGAUUCCGGUGCAGCACUCUAACCAACUAAGCUACAGAGGCCAGCUGUUGAGCUGUAACCAUAAGUUCAUGUAUAUAUAGGUAAUCGGGUGAGAUAAGAUUUACACUCGUAAUAGUAGUAAACGUUCUACUAUUAUUCAACUGAGUGUGAUGCCAACAAAAUCUUGAUAAUAUGAUACAAUUGUUAUUCAUGUUUAUUUGGAUAGAUUGGAGUUCGGGCAGGUUUGUACCAUGGAAGUAUGUUGCUAUGUCCUGUAAAAUGUUCUCGAGAAAAGCAAGGCCCUGCUCCUGUUUGGAAUGAGUACCUUGAGUUUGACAUCAGCAUGUGUGACAUUCCUCGAAUGGCAAAACUUUGUCUUACAAUUUAUGCCAAAAGAAAGAAGGUUUGUUUUAAUGCUACACAGUACUAUACUAAAUAUUUUGGUCACACCAGGGAGGUACAAUAAUAGCACAGACCUAUGAACCAGUUAAUUUUAAAAUGUUCAGUGCAUGCAUAAUUAAUCAACCAAAUUUAUAUACAAUUAGGACAGCAAAAUACCUUUGGCUUGGGUAAACAUGACGCUGUUUGAUUUCCGCAACUACCUACGGCAAGGCCAAAUAAUACUCCAUGCCUGGCCAGUGAAAGAUAACCUUCAAGACCUCAAUCCGAUUGGUACAGUUGUGUCAAAUAUCAAUACCAGCACCUCGGCAUGUUUGAUAAUUGAGUUCUCACAGUAUGCCAAGCCUGGCACCAGUGUUGUUUAUCCACCAUUUGAUAAGGUGAGUUGAAGAGUAUAUAAAUUUAACAACCCAGCACAUGGGGGGCUAAAUUUUUAAGGUCGGAAAUUGCUAUACAACUGAAGAAGAAAUUGCUAUACAACUGAAGAAGAAAGAUAAUUCUAUAUCAGACAAGACAACUAUUUUGUUGGAUACUUACGCCGGUUAAGUGGACAAAGAAAAUUAAAACAAAAGUGCUUUGUGUUUUGUAGGUUUUAGAAAAAGCAUCCACUUUGGCAGGAAAUGAGCAGAAAGACAUUUUUGUAAGUAUCAUGCUUUUGCACUUAGUUUACUACAUUAUCCGUAAAACUGAUUCAUCAAAACACACAUAUUUAACUAUUGUGAUCAUUUUGUCAUACUCCCUGUAGAGAGGUGGUGAGAAAACAAACAUUGAUUUGCAAUUGCUAACUCAACGUGAACCCCUAGCUGAGUAUACUGAACAUGAGAAGAAGAAAAUAUGGUUUUUCAGGUACUGUGUCAGAGUUGCCAAGUGUGGAAUAUACUCCCCUGUUUAUUAUUAUUAUUAUAUUUAUAUUUAUCCAGAAUACCCACGUCACCGAAGUGUUUUUCAGUGGGGUCCUGCAUUAUAAAUUUCAACUUCAAUAUACAUAUACAUUACAAUAUACAUAUACAUUACAUUGAUUAGAGAAACCAACAAAACCGUGGUCUCUUUCAAAUUUUGUUUAAUGCAACAUUAUAAGGAUCUCACCAAGGAAAUUUAUAAUCCUGAGGAUCCAAGAACAUUUAAGUCUGUUUGUGUGAAGUGUCACACAACUUGCCCAUUGACUAACUUGUCGAAUCGAGCAUCUUGUUAAAUUUACUGUCACAUAAAUUAAUUCGUUGUGCUUCUGACAUGUCUGUCUGUUUGUUUGUUUGUUUGUUUGUUUGUUUGUUUGUUUGUUUGUUUGUCUGCAAGCCUGUUAUUGUUCAUACUGUGUAUUUCGAAUGUCUUGGAACCCCGUUAUUGGAGAACUAAUCUCUGUGUGGUAAUUCCAGCCAUGUAAUCUAUUGUCUAACUAAUUUUGUGUAAUAGUUUGUGUUAAAUGGCAAAAUCUGUAAAAUAACAGGCAACUUUAUUCACAACAUUGAUGAGCCCUUGUUUUGUAAUACUUUGACCCAUAUUUGAGAUGUGUCCUAGGGCAAAUCUCAAACAGUUCUGUAAAGUUUUGUUGAACUUUAAUUUCAGGUUUGAAUGCCGUGAUAAUUUUCCAAAUUCACUGCCAAAAGUCUUGCUAAGUAUCCAGUGGAAUAAUCAUGAAGAUGUUGCAAGAGUAUGAUCAUUUUACAACCCUAUUAUCAUUCCCUUUUAAGUUUUUUGUCCUUUCCAUAUGAUUUCUUCUCAUUCCCUUUUUAUUUCUAUUGUCAUGUACCUCUCUGUAAAGGUUUGCACCAAUGAGUAAUGGGAAAGCUGAGGAGCCCAUUUAAUCAACUAAAAGACUAUGACACACUUCCAUACUGUUCCUGUAACACUUCCUCUUCAUGAGAACUUUCUACAGAGAUCUAGAGGCCUCCCCUAUCUUACCAUUUUAUCCUCAAUGACAAUUUCAUCCACCCAUUUAUCAAAUUAUAUCCUCUUACAUUAUUCUCUCCAGACAUCACUUAUUUUACUUCCAAUUCAUUCUGUUCAAGUCUUGUUUAGCUUUCUUUCUGUGGAUGUAAUGACAUACUGUAUAUGAAUAUUCACUUCAACUUACCGGCAGUACACUCACUAAUAUUCACUCAACACAACUUUAUAACAUUUCAGAUGCAUGCAUUACUUCAGUGCUGGCCACGUAUUGCUCCACAACAAGCAUUGGAGUUGCUUGAUUACAAAUAUCCUGAGAAGGAAGUGAGAGAUUAUGCUGUACAAUGCCUGGAGAAUUUCUCGUGAGUUUUUGUCUUAUCUUGAAUAUUUGUAGAAAAAUUACCACAGUACUUCUUUCAUUUUCAUAGAAUAACUAUUUAACCAUGAAUUUGCAUUCUUACAGUACAUAGUGAUACUAGAAUCAGGGUUCGUAGUCUCCAAGACCAAAAAGAUUCUUUCAAAGAUUUUUUCUGCCUAUUUUCAAAGACUUUUCAAAGACCUUUGAGAGCAAUCAGCUGUCGAAAAAUUGCGAGUGUAUAAGCACCAUUUUUGCCCAGUAAUUAGUCCUGCCACAUCACAUCUAAAAAUGUACCUUUUCGUCGAUAUUUGCGAAAACCUUGCUUGCUCUUCAAUCAAUCUAUUUUAUUAGCUAGGAAAUUGUAUAAUUAAAUACUCAGUAAAGAAUUAAUUUUAAAGAUUUUUAAAGACUUUCUUCGCUUUUUCACACAAUUCAAAGACUUUUCAAAGACCUUAAAGACCUGCAUUCAAAUUUAAAGACUUUCAAGGAUUUCAAAGACCGCUACGAACCCUGUAGAAUAGUGCUUCUAAAAAUUAUGGGAACCACUGAGUAUUUUUGCAGAAAUACGUUUGUUUUGUCACUAUAUGUUUUGCUUGGUUUUCAUGUAAAUACCGUUGUUAAUUAUUAAAACUAUCUUUGUUUUUUUAGUGAUGGCCAACUUCAUAUGUACUUACUUCAGUUAGUUCAAGUAUGUGGUUUUAAAUACUACUGAGUACUGCACUUUUCCAAAGCUCUAAACAAUAUGACUGAAGUACCUCUAUUUCAAGUAACUCUUGAAUUAGUGAAAUAUGUCAUGAUUAUGGUAUCAUUAUGGGAUGUAGAGUUUGUGUUUUUACCUUUUAGUUUAAUGUAAUUGUCUAUGUGGGUUGUGUAAAAUAUUGUCUAUAUAUUUAUGUGUCAAAUUAAAGCUGUUAAAUUAAAAAUUAUACCACGUCAUGAUUAUUGUACAUAUUAGUACCAGAUUUGCCAAGUAAAUAGUAUUAUUAAUUAUUUCAUUGCAAUAAAUAUGCAUUCCAUCAUGUUUGUAUUAUUUUAAAAGGUGUUAAAGUAUGAGGCAUACUUGGAUUGCCAUUUGGCCAAAUUUCUUCUAAGACGAGCUUUGUGGAAUAGGAAAAUUGGCCACUCCCUGUUCUGGUUGCUGAGGUAAGCUUUUCAAGGCUGAAGCUUUUAAGCUUCAUGUAAAUAGUACUUAAAAGUACUAUUUACAACAUUAGCUGGCGUGUUGUAUCAACACCGACAUAAAUGUUGUAAAUGGCUUGUCAAACGUACGUCUUGAUGAGAACAUUCGUAUUCUUCAACAAUUUAAAAUAAAUUAAUGAUAUUUGCCCUUUGGUGAGAAAAUUGAACUUAAAGUUUAUGUAAAUCAGCAUGAUUUUAUAUCAGAGAUACAAACUUUUGUGUUUUCCUAAUGAAUUAUUAGUAUAAGUAUAAGUAUAAGUAUAGAGUGAUGUAAUAGAGUAUAUCCAGUUAUAUCAAGAAAACCUAAGAGAAAGAUUUUCCCUGACCAGAACGAAUGAAUGAAUGAAUGUUAAGUGAAUUUGAAAGAUGGAAAUGCACACUACAAACAUACGAGGAUUGCUGAAAUGGCUAGCAAUUUAAAUCGGUGCUCUGGUUUUAAGCUACAGUAUGUUAAACUUCAUUGCCCUGCGGGAAUGAAGUUGUCAAUAAUUAUAGAGGAAAAAGCUAUAGUCUUAGAAACCAUUAUAUGUGACUGUAUUAUUAGUCAAUUAGAAUAUGUGGUAUUUUUUGUUGAAGGGCUGAAAUGCAUGUUCCAGAAGUUUCAGUUCGAUUUGGUUUACUACUCGAAGCUUAUUGCCGAGGUUGUGUUGCACAUAUGGCUUCAUUAUCUAAACAGGUAUGCUACUGAUCACCAUCUAGCCUUUUACAAUUAUGUUUUUAACCCUCCAAGCCAGCCAGAAUAAGCAAUGUCAGCAAAGUUGUUGUAAAUCUUUCAUUCAAAAAUAGUUUUCUUUGUGUUUUGUUAGGUUGAAGCAAUGAAUAAACUGAAGGCCAUUACAGAAUUAUUACAAUGCCACGCUCUAAAAAGGACUGAUGUAAUGUAUUAAUUAUUUAUACAUUUAUUUCAAACUUAACAAGGGAAAUAGGUAUACAAUUUAUGUGGAUGUACAUCACUGUGGGAAACUUCACCUAAAAGAAUAUAUUAAAUAACAUUCUUCAUUAUCGUCUUUCGAAAUAGAAGGACAAGUGUGUAGAGACUAUGAAGGAAUGUCUGCAACAAGUCACUUUUCGUGAGGCUUUCUCUGACUUUCAUUCUGUUGUGGAUCCAACCUGCAAAUUAAAAAACCUCAGGUAAUAAAUAUUUAUAAAUACAACUAAUAAAUAAACAAACAUAAGUUACAGUAGGUUAUACUGAGCAAAGAAAUGUAGAUACUAAAAAUAUGGAGUGUGGAUGCGAGAUUUAUUUGUUAUUUAUAUUCAGGGUAGAAGGAUGUAAAAUGAUGGAUUCUAAGAUGAGACCACUUUGGAUGGUCUAUGAAAAUGACGACGAAAUGGGUGCUCCUACAACUCUUAUUUUUAAGAAUGGUGACGGUGAGUUUCUGGGCCUUUUUAUCUUGGAAGUCGUUUUAGAUUUUCUUUCAAGAGUGACAGCAUGCUAGUACUUUCUACAGGAAUGAUGCUUUGGUAAUACCCUGAUAAUUGAAUAAGAUAUUUUAUUUCAGAUCUUCGUCAAGACAUGCUGACUCUACAAAUAUUCAAGAUCAUGGAUACUUUAUGGCAGAGAGAGGGUCUUAAUCUGCAGUGAGUAUAGUAAUAGCAAUUGGAUUACAAAUUGAGAGAUUUUCUGUUUUCUAAUUAAACGAUCAAUAUAAACAGGGUGGAAGUUUCAGAAAGAAAACUAGUUGUGUAUGUGACCUUAUUUAGAAUUUUUUCCUUUAGAAUGACUCCUUAUGCUGUCUUACCCACGGGUGACAAAAUUGGUGUCAUUGAAGUUGUUACAAAGGCAUCUACCUUAGCCAAUAUUCAGAAAUCGAGAGGUGGAGUUGUCAAAGGUGCAUUCAAAAAGGAAGUUUUACUGGAUUGGCUGAAGAGCAAAAAUCACACUAACGAGAUGUAACUUUUGCAAUUCAUGUUAUUUUAUAAUUCUUCUCGAGACUUGUAUAAUAUUUGCAACAUGUAAAAAUUUCAAACAUUUCUACCGAAGUUACACUAAGCCGUUCAGUUUUCGGGUAUAAGUAAAAACAGCUAGUGUGAAGGGUUCGUUUUCACAUUUUUAGGUUGAAACGGGCUAUAGACGCUUUCACCAUGUCUUGUGCUGGGUACUGUGUAGCAACGUACGUGUUGGGUGUUGGUGAUCGCCAUAGUGAUAACAUUAUGGUGAAAGAAACUGGACAGGUACGAGAAUAUUGUGUAAAACCCACCAUAAAUUGAAAAUUCGUAGACUUCGAAAAUGAUCUUUGAGAUUUUUGAGGCUCAUACCACCUAUGCGUAACUUCAUGCCAGUACUUUCUGUCGUUAAAAAUGUUUAUUUCUUUGUAACAAACACAUUUAAAGCAACUAUAAAGUGAUUUCUGAUCGUCAUUUUUUUCGAAGAGUAACAUGUAUUACCAAUAUUUUACUUUUCUAGCUUGUCCAUAUCGACUUUGGACAUUUUCUCGGAAACUUUAAGGUGAAGUUUGGUGUGAAUCGAGAACGAGUGCCAUUUAUCCUCUCACGUGAUUUUGUGUAUGUCAUAACCAAUGGACAAAAGUCUGACAAAUGUCCUGCAUUUUUAAGGUUGGUUAGAAAACAAAAUUUAAAGAUAAAAAAUAAUAACCGGGGUAGGUAGAUAACAAGAAAAAGAACGUAAUAACUUUGUCUGAACAAAUUUGUGUUAAUUUUUAGUUUCAGGGAGAUCUGUGAAAGAGCUUACUUAAUCUUACGAAAACAUAAUUAUUUGUUCAUCAACCUCUUCACUAUGAUGCUUUCAACAGGUUUGAUUUUAUUACUUUAAAAAAUUAUACCAUACUUAUUAUUAACCAAGCAAAGAUUUGAUUAUCUAAUAAUUAUUACUUUUAAUAUUUAAUAAAACUUAGGUCUUCCAGAACUUCGUUCAGUCGAAGAUAUCGAAUAUCUUAAGAAAACUCUUGGUUUGAACAGUGGACAAAUGAAUGCAGAAGAAGCGGAAAAAGCUGCUUUGCUGAAAUUUCGAAAGUGUUUUGAUGAAGCAUACAAGAACAGCACUAGCACAAGUUUAAAUUGGGCCAUUCACAAUUGGGCUAAAGAUAAUAGAUAG